AUGCCUGCGCCUACCUUUACGCCUACUCCGAACAUUGACGCCACCGUCUCCGCCAGCAUUAAAGCAACCUUGGAGGCGACGUCUACUCAGGCCCCCACGCCGCCGCCAACUUUGGUUGCUACACUGGCGCCUACCCCCACCACGAUACCUACCCCAAUGCCCACUCCAAUGCCGCCUCCCCCAACCUUUACACCGAGUCCGGCCCCGACUCCAACGGCUGAACCUUUGCCGGCAGCUACACCGACAUUAGCGCCGGCUCCUACUCAAGUGCCGAUGGCGACCCCUGCUACCACGCGGAACUUGUCGUCGGUGGUAUCCGAGGUUCGACCCAGCGUGGUUCAGGUCAUCGCCGGGGCAGGGUCGGGGUCAGGCGUCAUCGUGGAAGUCGACGAGCGGGGAGCCGGGCUUGUACUCACCAAUUAUCAUGUCGUCCAGCAAGGCGACGACAUCGACGUCAUUGUCAACGACUCGAGUUCUUACCCGGCCAGGUUUUUGGGAUACGACACAGAAAAGGACUUGGCCGCCCUAGAAAUUUGUUGCUCUGCCCAGUUUCACGCCGUGCCCUUGGCUGGUGAGCAGUUAACGCCGGGUGAGGCGGUGUUCGCGAUGGGAUAUCCGCUUGGAAGUGGCCAGGCCUUGAUUACUAGCGGUGUGGUAUCGCGUGUAAUGUUUGACAAUGCCACCCAGCGAUGGCUGGUCCAGACUGACGCGGCAAUCAAUCCCGGCAAUAGCGGCGGGCCUCUAAUCACUCUCGACGCCGAGGUCGUGGGGAUAAAUACCUUCGUUGUUCGGGAAUCACUGUUUGGCGUACCCUUGGAAGGAUUCGGGUUCGCCGUAUCGGCGCGCACUGUCUCUGAUGUUCUCCCCUCUCUGAAGAUUGGAACCAUCAAGGCUACACCUACACCCACUCCGACAGCCACGCCUGCACCCACUCCGACACUUACGCCUACUCUGACUCCAACGCCGACUCCUACUUCCGGGUGGCAACAGGCCGGGGUACGUCGGUUUGGGCCGGAAGACGGAGUGCUUCAGCACGAUACAGACCAAUUCAUUGAGGAGUUCAAUUCAGGAGUGUUAUUGUCUGACUUCGUAGCAAUGGCUGUUUUUGACAAUCCGGAAGGAGGAGAAAAUUGGGACUAUGGAUUCGUCUUCCGUCAGUCGAAAGAAGACCGCCUCAGCAUACUCAUUGUCUCCGGUAAUGGUAAGUGGGGCCAUUACCGGAGGGAAGGACAACAGGGAGUUGACGUUGAACUGGACAGUGGACGUAUCCAAAGCUUGAAGACCGGUUCCGGUGACGCCAACGAAAUACAACUUGUGGCCGCAGGGCAGGUAGGCCUGUUCUUUUUGAACGGGGAGUUCAUCUCCGGGUUAACUCUCUCUCAGGGAAGCGAGGCCGGCGAUGUAUCGGUAAUCACCGGCUACUAUAGAGGCCACGAAACACUGGGGCGGUCAACAGUAUUCCGAGGAUUCAGGGUCAAUGAAACCAAGUGGGCAGGAACCAAGGACGGCGAGCUACCACACAAGGAUGACGGGGAGAUCCGAGGUCACGCAAUGGGCAUCGACGUCAAGGACUUCUUGGCUCAUGCGAGCUUCGUAAACCCGUACUCUCAGACUGUUGGCCCUUGGAGCCACGGUAUCUUAUUCAGACACUCGGGCAACGAACAGUUUCAAGGGGUAGUCAUCAACAGUGAUGGGACCUGGUUGCAUUUUGUUAGAGACGGCUCUGAUUCCCCAUCCUAUGAAGUUAGCGGCGCGGCGCCCCUGAACCUUGGCCCAGGUGACUUGAACCGUAUCGCCAUUGCGGCAGUCGGCGGCGCGGGGUUGCUCUCGAUUAACGGGGAAUUUGUCGGUCGGUUGGAUAUUGGUCCAAGUCCAGAAAGCGGGGAUAUUUGGGUUGCCACCGGAUUCUACGAAGGAGCCGAAUUCCACGGAUACAGCACGAAAUUCGAGGACUUCGAGGGGGGCAAGUUCAUGAGGCUGUCAACUUUCAUGGGCAUUUUGAUGGUACUUUUAACCGUUUCGCUUGCGGCUAUGGGCUGUUCCGACUCCAGCGAGUUGCGCCGCUCCGACCCAGCUCGAUCCUCCGCUCCCACGGUGGAUGUAAACCUGGCGACGCCCGGGGAGGUGCAUCGGAUUCCCAUUGAGGGAAUCGAGGUAGGCGCUGAUGAAGGCGACCGCAUUCCCGCUUUCAACUUGGGAUUAGCGGACGGGACAACAAUUUCAUCCGCCCAAUUGAUAGACGACGGCCGCCCCACCUUCCUGUUUUUCUUCGCCACCACUUGA